AUGAUGGAGCAGUCAAAUUCAUUACUCUUAAAUGAAGAAGCGCUGAAUCUUUGUACAGAUUCCAGAAAGCCCGUUUUUGUGUACGAAUGGUUGCGAUAUCUUGAUCGCAUAUUACCUGCUGCACAAAAGACCGAUAUAAAAACUGUGCAGAAGAAGCUUAUUGAGCAGUUGACAUCGCGAAUUUUAGCUGCACCGGGGCCACUUACUAGGGACUUACUGGCAAAAUGUGUUGCACAGAUAUACUCAGUAGGGGACACAUAUAGUCUUUUUGAAACAAUAAAUACCUGUAAUGAUAUCCUAAAAGGACGAGAUGACUCCCCAACACAUCUCCCCGUGAAAUUAGCUGCCUUGCGAUGCUUGGGAGCAAUGUAUGAAGUACUGGGUAGAUUGGUAGGUCGAAGUUAUGAAGAAUCUUUCCAUCAUAUGGCGAGGUGGUUGAGAAAUGCAGAGUCGCAAGGACGCGCCGAAUUACUGUAUACAUUCGCUAAAAUGGUGAAAGGCUUGGGUGUUGGUGCAUCUUCCGUUCAUAAGGAUUUGUAUAAAAUUCUGAAAACACACAUAUCAGAUCGAGUCAUGAUCGUUAGAACGGCUGCAAUUAAUUGUCUUACUGUAUUGAUCCCAGAAUAUCCGUUUUUAUACACGAACGAAGUGGAAAGUGUUGGUACAUUGUGCUUUAAGGCUCUUGAAUCAAGUAAUUAUGAAGUACGUCUUACAGUGGCGCAACUGUUUGCUACAUUACUAUGUACUGCUAUGAACCCUCCAAGGCGGUACAUGUCUGUUACAGGUAGUAAAAAUCAACACAAUGCUUCUUCCGUGAAAGUGGUAACAACUGAGGAUUGUUUCAGUAUUCUGUCGCAUGGCUUUUUGAGAGGUGGAAUUGGUGGCUUUUUAAAAACAGGCACCGUCGCAGUUACUGGUGGACAGAAAGAAAUACGAGUUGGAAUUGCACUUGCUUAUGUUGCGCUGUUCAGAGAACUUGGUCCAUUAUGGUUGGAAAAGAAUCUUGCAUUUGUUAUGAAACAUUUAAUGGAUGUCAUUGCAAAAUGUGGGCCAUUAGCCUAUACGAACACCCCUUUCCAAGCUGUUGAAAUGGUCUACAUGCGACGAUGUAUCUGUUACAUAUUACGGAGCACUGUUGGCACAAUUCUAGGUGAACAAGCACAAAUUGCCGUUUGCAGACAACUGGGCGUAAUUUUAUCUGAUUGUAUUAAUUCUUUUGUUGAUUACAAUGUCGAUCCUGGAACUGAGAGAAUGCUUGGACCUGAAGCAUAUAUCAGCGCACAAACAGCAAUCGUUAUUUUAUCGGAGAUUUCAUGUCUAGUUCGACAAAUUGGUACUGCAGUUACACCUCUUUUCACUGAGGCAUCAGGUAUAAUGGAACCUGUAUUCGCUUGCCUUUUACAUCCAAUCCAAGCUGUUCGAAUAGCUGCUUCAUGGUGUUUGCGAUGUGUAACUGUUAGCGUUCCAUCACAGUUGACUCCUCUAAUUGACCGCUGUAUUAACAGAUUGGAACAUAUGAAGAACUCUGGUGAAGCAAUUAGUGGCUAUUCGUUUGCACUAAGUGCUCUUCUUGUAAGUUCGAUGGAAUGUAAACUCGGCAUCCCACAUGCUAAAUCGAGGCAAGUUUUUACAAUCGCUGAAGAUAUGAUAAGAACAGCAUCACAAGCAAGUAGCCUGGUACAGGUUAAAUCGCAGGCUGGUUGGAUUCUUGUUGCUGCCGUCCUCAAACUUAGUGGAACUACUGUACAAGACUGCAUAGGACGUCUUUUACCGUUGUGGAAAAGUUCGUUUCCACGAUCAGCAAAAGAAGCGGAAAUUGAGAAAAAUCGUGGUGAUGCAUUUACAUGGAUGUGUACUCUUGAAGCUCGUGUUGGUGCUCUGACAUCAAUGGCUAUGUUCGUAGAAUACUGCCCAAACUUAAUGACUGAUCACACUAUCAGAUCAAUCGUUCAGGCUGUGGAAUGCUCGCUGGUCACUAUUUCACACAUAUCUACGCUUCUCCGAAGUUUUGGUACGAAGUUACGUACUUUGAUGACAUUUGUACGUAUUCGAAUAUAUCAAUUGCUCAGCCACAUUUCUCCCAAGUAUUACGAACAUAUAUAUGCUUCGUUGUUGCGUGAAUUAGUUGCAGAUCUGACCCUUUCGGAUAAUGGGCAGUCAACUGCUACUACAUCCAUACUGUCAUCACUUUGUCCAGGUGUAGAUAAGUCAUUACUUGGUGCGUGGCUUAAUGACACAGACCAGGCUUUUAUUGAACUUGAGAUGCAUUCAUCACAGAACUUUGUUUGUGGUACCAUCGAUAAUGAUCCUCUCUGUAUCGUAAAAGUUGCGAUCGAUGACGCUCUGUGGUGGCCUGAGCCAUUGUGUCACGAUGUAAUAGUGAUCAAUAGGGCUAUAAGUCUGUAUGGUCGAAUAUAUCCAUUUGCACCAUCGAAACAUCAGUUGCAGAUGGCUGAACAUUUUGCUAAGUGUAUCAAAGGGACCAAAAAUGUAGUGCGGCAGCAAUCAAUACAAAAGAACAUUUUGGGAUGUUUGCUUGCAUCAUUCAAAACUGUUUCGGAGCAAAAAGGUCUACGUUUGGAAGUCCAGGCGCUGCAAAAAGCUUAUGUUGAUUUAAUAAUUCCGUGUCUCUCACAUGCGAAUCCCCUAAUAAGGUGUGCAGCAGCAGAAGCAUUAGGUCGUUUAGCACAGGCCGUUGGUGAUGCUCAGUUUGUGGCAAGCAUGGCGCAGUAUAGUUUCGAUAAAUUAAAAAGUUGUCGCGAUGCCAAUAACAGGACAGGUUUUGCUUUGGCUCUUGGCUCACUACAUCGUUAUGUGGGAUCUCUGGGGAGUGGUCAGCAUCUGAAUACUAGCGUUUCGAUCCUGUUGGCCUUGGCGCAAGAUGCUACUUCAUCUUUAGUACAGUCAUGGUCACUAGUUGCAUUGGGUUUGAUCGCUGAUACUGGUGGUGGAAUGUUUCGUGGUUAUGUUGAGCCAAGCCUAACUCUAUGUUUAAAGUUGUUACUGGAUACACCACCUGCCAAUAUUGAUGUAAUACAGUGCACUGGAAGAUUUGUAUCUGCUUUGAUCAACACGAUGGGACCAGAGUUGCAGCUGGUUGGUGCUGUGGAAGGAACGAGAACUUCAUUCUUGAUUGCAAGUGUUAUGAUGUUGAAUAGCAGUGAUUCUCUGGUUCAAGCAGAAGCAAUAUCCUGUUUACAGCAACUUCAUCUCUUCACACCACGACAUGUACAUCUUGAUCGGCUGGUUGUUCAACUUUGCAAACUAAUGUCAAGUCCACAUUUGAUUUUGCGAAAAGUAUCCGUUUGUUGUCUGAGACAACUUGUCCAACGUGAGGCGAAAGAAGUGCGCGAGCAUGCUCAAACUCUUGUGCCGCAGGGAAUCAUGAAUAAUAUGGGACGGAAUAAUGUGGCGGCAAGUUUACCGGAAACUGGUUUAGAAGGCGCUCUUCUGGCUAUGCUCGACAUUGAAACGGAUAUUGAACUCAAACAGGAUAUUAAAGAAACUUUGAUUUCGCUUGUGCAAGCAACAAGCAGAGAUUUUUUAAGCUGUUGGUUAUCUUUAUGUAAAGACAUCUUGGCAUCAUCUGUAGGUGCUGAUGUACGAAGUGCCAUGCAAGUUGAAGAAAAGGGACACUGUGGCAUCAAAGAUGAAGAAGAUGAGCGUGAGAGCAUCGAUGACGAUGUAACGUUGCAAUCAGCAACUGUCGUGAAUCGGGAGGAGAAAAUGAAAGUGAUACCACGCUGGCCAAGUCGAGUAUUUGCUACAGAGCUCGUGCAAAGGAUAAUGUCGGUCUGCGAAACCGAGCGAGCGCAUUAUGAUCUCGCUCUUGCUAAGGAAUUACAGAUUUCUUCUGGUGGUCGAACCGAUUAUUUAGUUCUUCAUUUGUCCGAUUUGGUACGGAUGUCAUUUAUGGGAGCAACCAGUGACAAUACCAGUUUGCGUCUUGCCGGACUGGCUUGCUUGCAAGAUGUAAUCACUCGAUUCUCAUCGAUCCCAGAACCUGAGUUCCCUGGUCAUGUGAUCCUGGAGCAAUUCCAAGCACAGGUAGGUGCAGCUUUGCGACCGGCAUUUACAGCUGAUACUCCUAGUGAUGUUACUGCUGCUGCCUGUCAAGUAUGCAGCACUUGGAUUGGCAGUGGUGUUGCUCAAGACCUAAAUGAUCUUCGGCGAGUUCAUCAACUUCUUGUUUCAUCUCUUGGCAAACUAACACAUGGCUCAAUCAAUACGCAACUUUAUAGCGAAAGUGCUGCAACUUUAGAAAAACUGGCAAUUCUAAAAGCUUGGGCAGAGGUUUACAUUGUUGCUGUUGAGCAAAAAAAGCAACAAAAAGUCAUAAACGCUGUCGCGGUGAAAAAUGAAGAGAAGUGCAGCUAUUUGCAAGAAAGUUUGCUAAGCUUGGUUUCUCCUGAGCUCAAUUCGUUAAUUAACUGCUGGUUAGCAGCUUUACGUGACUCGGCUCUUCUUUCACUUCCGCCUGAAUUCAAACCUCAGUUACCACCUAAUGGUGGAACAUACUAUACUGCCGAAUGUGCAGAUUUUUGCAAGGGGCAUUAUCGAGUCAGUUGGCCUCCAAUAUUGCUCGCUACCUGCACAUGGUUGGAGCAGAAUGAUUUCGAACUUGAACAAAAUUCUGAUGACGCAGAGAAUAUCACAAUAGAUAAGACAAGGGAAACUCAUUUUCAUAUAAUGCUAGGAAUAUGCAUUGAAACUCUUUGUUCAAAUCGUGCACAUUCUGUGGGAGAUUUGACCGUUCAGCUUUGCUUACGAUCAUUGAGGAAUCUUUUGGCUUGUAAUUGGUCGCGAAGAGUUUUGAUGAGGAAUGUUCAAUUAGCAAUAGAAGUGUUAAAUGUACUUUAUAGGCUUAUUUUAACUCGGGAGAAUUUACGAACUCAGCAGCUUUGUGCAGACGUAGUAAUGACAGUUCUCGAUGCUGCGCAGUAUUCGAUAACACUUCAUGACAGUGAUAAAGACAAUGAAAAUGACGUUUCAAAGCAAAAGGAAAAUACAACCAAGGAGGGCUAUAAAGGAGCGGAGGGAACGGCUGAUGGCCUACAACCCGCCAGUUCUUUGGCAUUUGCUGUUCUGGAAGUCGCUCUGUGUCUUUUGGUUAGACAGAUUCCUCAAAUCAACUCAGCAUUGAUGAGAAGUAAAUCAACAGCUCCACUUCAUUAUCGGAAGUAUUCUCGUCUUCCGGUUGAAUCGAACAAUCUCAUAAAAAUGGGUCUCAAUAUUCUCAUUCGUAUUCCAAUGCUUUGCUCAUCUGACGGUGCUGUUGUGGUUCUUCCAAGCAUUCUGUACCUGAUUUUAGGAGUUUUACACGAAUCUUCUCUCAUCGACAAGGAACAAUUAGUUCCUGAUGUUCCAUUUGGGCAUGUCUCUAUCGCUGCAGCUUCAGCCAUGCAGGCAUUGAAAGCAUUGCUGACUAUGGCACCAAUCGAUUCUACAUUUUCGAAAUGGAUGUCAGUAAUGAAAAGUGCUCUAAUUUCACUGCUUAAUAUGGCUGAAGAUUCAAAAGUUGAUGGUGCAGUGAUAAUGUUAGCAGUUGCAGUAUUCGUCACUUCAUCACCACCUCAAUUGGUUACGGGUAACAUCAGUCUUCUGGAAAGAAUAUGCAAGUUAUUCAAAACAUAUUUGGAAAGUGAACGUAAGCAGGUAGUGGUUAAAUGUAUGCAAAGCCUGGCCUCCAUUUUCGGUCGACGCGAGAUAUGUUAUCCAUUUAUCGCAGAGCUUGUUCCUAAAGUGCUGAACAGAAUUCGGCCGUUUGUGACAAAUGUUUCGAAGAGGGUUGCAGAAAUUACAGAAUCGGAAGAUGUGGUCAUUGUCCAAGAAGCAGUACGCGUUUUAGAGGUUGCCCUUUCGGCCGCUGACCAAAAGAGACAAUUGGCAGUCGUAAAUCUUAUUGUCCAGUUGCUAGGCACAUUCUUAUGCGAAGAUCCAGUUACGUACUAUCGACAGCUACCAGCAUCUACACGUAAACUGCACGAUUACGCAUUAAAUAGAUUAAAUGUAGUAGGUCCUUCCCACCCAGAAGAAUUCAAGAAAGUGUUAUUGUCCUUCCCAGCGCUCAAAUCGAAGAUUGAAGGAUCCAUACGGUAUCAGAACAAUCGUACAGCAGCUGCACAGCAAACACAACGCGUAACUGGUGCGGGGAAGUGUGAACAAAUACCAUUACCAGUUCCAAAAUCAGCAGCUAUAAAAUUGAAAGUGGAUUUCAGAGCUUUCAGUCCCGCCAACUAA